AUGUUACAAUUGCUGCACAUAUCUCAAAUUGUCAAUCAUAAUUUUACUUCUGUUUCUUUUUGGUCUAAUAUUUUAAGAAGUAGGAAGGUUCUUCAGGUAACCUUUUUAAAAAAAAUUAAUGUGUUAUUUAGUAAUGAAAUUUUUAUUUCUUGUAGUGACCCAAUAAAUAUAGUUUCUCUAGUUCUUGUUUUAGUGAUUCUAGAUGAAUAUUUCAGCAAUAUAUGUGGCCAUUUUUAUUGGGAGGGAGCUAGACUAAGUCACCUCCAGUUGCAUACUAAGGGAGUAUUUUCACAGUUACUUUUUUUAAUUUAG